AUGAGAUCUCGUCAAGACCGUGAAUUGGGCAUCCGUCCUCGCAAAGUCGCAGCUCGUACUCAAAAGCCAUUGAGAGCAAAUUCGAGCUCAAGCGAUUCUGGAAGUGGUUCCGGCAGCGGAUCUGGUAGUGGUUCUGGUAGUGGUUCAGGUAGUGGCUCAGGUAGUGGCUCAGGAAGUGGCUCAGGAAGUGGCUCAGGAAGUGGUUCAGGAAGUGGUUCAGGCAGUGGUUCAGGCAGUGGUUCAGGAAGUGGUUCCGGUAGCGGCUCAAGUCCUGACUCGGGAAGCGACUCAGGAAGUGGUUCAGGAAGCGAUUUCACCGAUUUUGGCGAUUCUGCCGAAGACGAUGACAGUUCCGAUUCAAGCGAUCAAUGUGGAUCACCAGUCGCAGUCACAGCCUCAAGUGUACCCUCUUCGUCUGUGUCAAGCUCAAUGUCAAGCUCGAUGUCGAGUUCGAUGUCAAGUUCGACUACUACUUCUGCUUCUUCAACUACAACAGUCAUGCCCGUUAGUCAAACAACUUCUACUCCUACAUCGUCAACAAGUUCUGCAUCGAAUGCUGCUUCGCCUGUAGCAACUGUUACGACUGGAGCGGGAACACAAAUCAUGCUUCAAUCAAAUAGUCCAGGCUAUGGCUAUAAUGAAGCAAUGAAUGAUUUGAACAAUAUCAUGUCUUGGGCAGGAGAUGAUGGAAAUUUAUCAGAUGCACAAAAGCAAGAGGUUGUUGCUGCCCUCUUUUCCGGUAGUGCACGUUAUUGGCCUGAAGUACCUACGCAGGAUAUCGUCAGAAUCAUGUUGGCCGAUAUUCGGGCAGAAUCUGAUUUCCGUCCUGGUGUUCUUGGUGGUCCAAGAUUGGAUAGCGGUGCUUCUUACGGUUUGUUGCAAAUCUCUCCUGAUGCUGGCGCUCAAAUGAUGUCUUUGAUUCAAAACCACAUGAACGUAAACACGCACAACUUCACAUGGGGUAUUGAUGCUCCUGUCGUACGUCAAGGUAUUCGUGGACAAUUGAUCGAUUGGGAAACCGGACAAAAGAUUGAUCUUGCAGGUUUGACAAACAAUGACCUUUUGCGUCCAUGGAUCAACAUUCACGUUUCCAUGUGGAUCCAAAGCAAUCUUGCCCGUACAUCUUCCAAUGAUCCUUAUUGGUGGCUUCAAUUAGACAAUUAUUCUUGGUCAUUAAAACAAAGUCAAACACAACAAUUGACUGCAGCACAAUCUCAAACGUAUACAAGUAUGUUGCAAGGUGCAGGUCUUCCAAGAACCCCAAAAACUGCUUUGGGAUCUUGGGUCGCGGGCGCUGCAACAAACGGAAACGGAAGUUAUCUCUCAUCUGGUGAUGAUGUCUCUGCUCCUUACUUUGCCGCCAUUAUGAGAUCGAUUAACUUUUUAUACAAUGAUUCAACAGGCACAACAUGGACACCAGAUUGGUUGGACAGUUUCACAGUUAAUGCAGGUUUGACGGAUUAUAUGCCGUUCAACUAA